AGCGCAAAGCGGGCGGGGGCCGGAGGGGGGUCUCAUUUUUUGGAAUGCUCUGGAUGGAUGCUGAUGCACUGAGAACUUUGCUCAUGGACUGCAAGACAGAGCUGCAGCAGGAAAAAUUGGAGGACCCACUUGGAGGAAUGCUCCGGAUGAAUGCUGAUGCGCUCAUGACUUUUCCUUGUGGACUUCUCACCUCUUGUUAUUGUUAAGUUUCCGGAGACAAAAUUUUAAUCUUGAAAACUCUUGAAAUCAGAUGAUCCUAAGUGCAGGAAUAAAUAACAUCAAACCCAGGGAAUCAAUUAAUGUCCAGCCAAUGGGCGUAGUCGACACAAUUCCAUUCGGUGAAGCCUCAGGACAAUCUGUGCUCAUCUCCAUCAUCCCCAGCGCUCAUGGCAGGAAAUCCUUUGGAGAGUCUCAUGUCGACCACCGUGAGCCACCAACCAGCAGAACCUGAGACCCAGCGAGCCUCCACCAGCAGAAGUCCAGCAUGCCUGCAAAGACGCAGGAACAGCUUUCGCAGCAACCGGGAGUUGUGUUAUCUGGUGCCAUCUGCUUGCGGGCCCAGAUCAAACACGAGUGAUGAAAAGAUCUCGAUCAGCACACCACGCAAUCAUCACUCCCCAGAAAAUGCAGCACGAGAGAGAAGCCGCGUACGCAACCUGCGUCAGGCCUUCCACAGCCUGCAGGCUGCUCUGCCUUCAGUCCCUCGUGACACCAAGUUAUCCAAGCUGGAUGUUCUGGUUCUGGCAACCAACUACAUAGCUUACCUGACACAAACCCUGGACCAGGGAAGAACUCUGACCGAGCACACUUUACCACCGAGACCAGGUGGUUACCUCCACCCGGUUAAGAAAUGGCCGAUGCGUUCCCUGCUCUACUGUGGCAGUGUUGGGGACGUGUUUUCUGGGGUCCAAGCCAAUCAGAGGCCUACGUCUGGACAAGAUGCAUACCUGCCUGAUCGUACAAUAGGACACAAGGAGUGUUAGGAACAUACGAGACAUCAAGUCAAAUGUUUCAAAUCUUUCGAACAUUUUGAUGAUGUGGAAAUUCACUGCCCGCAAUAGUCUUUCCUAAAUGUAAAGUUAAUAUUUUAUUUUCUCAUGGCAUAGAUUAUGGGCAAUGAAAAUUGAUGUUGUCCAUAGUCCAAGUCAUUAAAACUGCAUGUUACUUUAUAUAUUGGCUAACAUCUUUUUGUGAAAGUCAGUCAGAAGUGACUUAGGUUAAUGGGCAUUUGUUACCUAAGUGUAAUAAUAAAAAAUAAAAAAAUUGACAAAUUCUCAUCUUGAUAUGCCUAAAGUGAAUGAUUAUGACAUCAUAGCAAGCAGCAAGUUAUUUGUUAUUUGUAUGCCCUGACAAUAUUACAUUAGGAAAAUGAUCUUGGAAAUGAAUAAACAAAAUAAAAUAACAAAUCAGCAA